AUGAAAUUUCAACCCAUCACCGCUCUAACUCUCACUCUGACUUCCAGCGUCAUUGCAUCCACUAUUCCCAAACGAAGCGAGAAGGCAGGUUUCGAGGGUUACUUCGGUGGUGACCUCGAGGGCAGUUUUGGGAUUGGGAAAGGGAAAAAGCAUCCAUUCAAAAACUUUUUUUCGGACUCGGACCUUUUUGAUCUUGGGGAUUCGCUUACUUCAGGAGAGGAAGGCGGAAGACACAGCGUAUCCCAUCAUGUCGGAUCUCACUAUGGUGGAUCCCAUUACGGCGGAUCCCAUUCUGGGAGUUACGGAAGAGGAGGAGGAAGCCAGGGAAGGGGAGGUAGAAGACAAGGCAGAGGAGGUCGAGUCAGUGGCUCCGGGGCAAGAGAUGGCAAUAGAUGGGACAUUCCACCUGCAGGGACUCCAGAAGACGACCCUGAAGAACCGCCGCGCCAGGGACGAGUUAUGGGGCCUACAGCAGGCGAAGAGAGUGAUUGGGAUAAUACUGUAGAAGAUCCAGAGUCUAUCACUUCUUCGCCUCCACGGAUGGGAAGAACCGGUGGGAUAGUGACUCCAGAAGAGACUCUUCCUGAAUUGGAGCCUCCUCUAACACCUACUGCUUCUCCUACCCCAUCUUCCGAUGCUAUUAUUGAGGUUAGACCAAGCGCCCAGGGAAGAGGUGCCCAGAAUGGACCUCCCUACCCGGGACGAACUUGUCGUGGUGGUCACCCUUGUGAAUAUGAGGUGACUUGUGCCGGGGGGCAGCCAUGUGGAACGCACUAGGGGAACUUGGAGGCAUGAAUAGAUGUUGAAGAGGCGCUUGACACCGCGGCUGCUGCAGCAGAGGCGUGGGAGGGUGGCUAUGAGGGAGGCGAGGAGAAGUAA